GAACGAAUGUGCUGAUAACCCCUGUCACAGUAAAGCUACUUGUGCCAACACCCAGGGCUCCUACAUGUGCGUGUGUAAGACUGGUUUCUUUGGGAACGGAACAAAUUGUGCAGAUGAGAAUGAAUGUAACAACCCGACCCAGUUCACUUGUCCGGCGCAGAGUUCGUGCGUGAACACGCUAGGAUCGUACGAAUGCCUAUGCGACACGGGCUACAGCAAGAAUGGGUCGACGUGUGAAGACGUAGACGAGUGCACAGUCAAUGGCGACAACUGCCACCCAAAUGCGACGUGUACAAACACUGCCGGGAGCUUUACUUGCACAUGUAUAUCAGGAUUCACUGGCAACGGAGUCAGCUGUGUGGAUGUGAAUGAAUGUACCAACGGGCAAGCCGCCUGCCCAGCAUUAUCACAAUGCGUCAACACAGACGGUAGCUAUCGAUGCGAGUGCAAUGAAGGCUACAAGAAUGUCACUAACACGUGUAUGGAUGUGAACGAAUGCGAAGAUGCAGCCAGCUGCCCUGUUAAUUCUACGUGCGAGAACAGUGUUGGGUCAUUCGUCUGUAACUGUGACAGCGGCUUCACAAAGAACGGUGACGCAUGUGCUGACAUCGAUGAGUGCAACUUAGCUACAGACGACUGUUCCCAAAAUUGUAUGAAUACCAUGGGUGGAUACACAUGCACUUGUGAAGAUGGUUUUGACCUAGCAGAUAACGAAAGGGACUGCCAAGCUGCUGACAACUGCACCAACCCCGAUUUCUGCAGUGCCAAUGCUAUUUGCUUCUUUAAUACAACGUCCAAUAUGGACACUUGUAGGUGUGACAAUGGCUUUGAGGAAAUCAACGACACACACUGUGAAGAUUUCGAUGAAUGCGCCACGAUGACUGAUAACUGCGAUGCUGACCAGGGUACUUGCACCGAUAUUCCCGGUGGUUACACCUGCUCUUGUGCAUCUGGCUACGAACUGGCCAGCGAUAUGAGGAACUGUUUCGAUACUGAUGAAUGCUCAGGAAACACGAACAAUUGUGACGGCAAUGCGACGUGUACCAACACCAACGGUGGCUUCAAUUGCACCUGUAACGGAGGCUACGAAGGAAAUGGAACAACCUGCGCGAAUAUCAAUGAGUGUGUAACAAAUCAGCCCUGCCACGCUAACUCCACUUGUGCGGAUAACGAGGGGUCAUAUAGCUGUGCGUGUAAUACCGGAUUCGUCGGGGAUGGGGUUUCCUGCUUUGACAUAAAUGAGUGCAGCAUGUCAGACAUUUGCAAUGAUAGUGCAGUGUGCAUGAAUACAGAAGGAUCGUACACGUGCUCGUGCAACAUUGGGUACUCCGGCGAUGGACAAACGUGCACAGACGAAGAUGAGUGCUCCAAUAAUUCGAGCUGCGCCAGCAACAGCGACUGCACCAAUACCAUGGGGUCCUUCUACUGCGAAUGUGCUGCUGGCUUUCGCGGAAAUGCCAGGGUCGAAUGUGCAGACAUCAACGAAUGCACCGAAGGUACGCACAACUGCGACACAAACGCCGACUGCACUAACACAGACGGCAGCUUCGCGUGUACUUGCCGGGCCGGAUAUGUCGGCAACGGUAUAAGUUGCACAGAUAUCGAUGAAUGCACAACACUAGACACAAUGUUCAUGUACGCUCACAAUUGCGAUGCCAACGCCAUGUGUUCCAACACGGCUGGUGAUUUUAGAUGUGACUGCAACGCUGGCUACUCGGGCAAUGGACAAAAAUGCUCCGAUAACGAUGAAUGCACUGAUGGCAGCCACACGUGUCACACCAGUGCUGCCUGCAUGGAUACAGACGGUUCGUACACGUGCACCUGCAACAGUGGAUACAUGGGAGAUGGGAGGACAUGUGAAGAUAUUGACGAGUGUUUCACCAAUACGGAUAACUGUUCCGUCUCCAAUCGCGAGAAAUGCAUCAACACUGUGGGUGGAUUUAUGUGUGGCUGUCAGACAAACUACCUCCGUGUCAAUGGAGAUUGCGUCGCGACUUUGUCUCGAAAUCUGGUGGUUGUUUUUGUCCAGAUCAAGGGCAUAUCAGCCAUCAAUGCCCUGACACAAGUUGACACCCAAACAAACCGCGUCGAUCUUGCUGCUGACGUGUUCGCACUGUUGAAUGCUUCGUCGUUCAUCGAGCCCGAUUUGAAGGGCGUGGCCGUCACGUCCAUGUCUAACGACACAGGCGGAACCUCCGUAACCUUCCUGGUCGAUUUGGACUCACAGACAACCCUUACCCAGGAACAACUCUCUCAAGCAUUCAUAGAAGGGUUGACCGGUUCCCAGAAUGACACUGUCGAACCGGACAGCAUGAUCAAAACCGGCUCAACUCCGACGGUAGUGGAACCAGAAAUAAACCCAUGCGAGGAAAGUACUGACAACUGCUACGCUUUAAACUACGACGAGUGCAUCUUCGGAGGCACAUCCGACAUGUUCACCUGCAGGACUUGCAGAACGGGUUAUGCUGCACCUGCUGUUGAUGGGGGAGCCUGCACUGAAAUCUUCCCGUGUGCGAACAGCACCGUCAAGCAAGCUUGCGAGGAUAAGGACUUUGUUGACUGCGUGCACGACGGUCCGGGGCAGUCCCACUGUGAAAACUGCCUGGGUGGAUGGACCCUCGUCGAAGGCCGUUGCCGUAAGCUGUCCCAGUUUGAUGGAGCGGUAUCUAUACAGGAAAUCGACGGAAUCACAGAGUUCAACAGUGAUCUCGUAAAUAAGUCUUCAACUGUGUUUAAACAGCUCGAGUUACGAUUUUGUCAGCUCCUCAUGGAUGCGACCAAUGCCACCGAUUGUGAGGUAAAUAACUUUUCCAAUGGGAGCAUCGUCGUAAACUUCACGUUGCAUUUCCUGGAGAGUAUAUCGAAAACCGCAGAGGAUAUCUCCACCGACAUCAUCGCUGCAGACAACUCAUCCACUACUGUGACUUUGGUGCCAGAUACAAUUACUGUCAUAGCUAUUGCAACUCCUUUCUGUGAAUUUUCAUCUUGUGCCAACGGAGGAACAUGUUCAAUCGUCAACGACGAAAUCACUUGCAAAUGCCCAGUAGUCUACACAGGAAGUAAUUGUAGUGAAGAAACACCACUUUCCCAGUUUGAAGGAAGGCUUACAUUAACGAAAAUCAAUGGAACUGCUGCAGUGUACAACAGCGAUCUAGCCGACAAUUCUUCAACUUUGUUUAUGGACACCGCCGAACAAGUUUGCAAAUUCCUCGAGGAUGCGACCAACGCCACCAUUUGUGAGAUAAACAGCUUUUCCAGUGGAAGUAUCGUCGUAAACUUCGCGUUGUAUUUCCUUGAAAGUGAGUCGAAGACCGCAGAUGAAAUAAAGAAUGACAUCAUUGCUGCAUCCAACGCAUCGACUGAUGUGAAAGUGGAUUCAAGUAGCAUUGUUUUCAUAGCUGUGACCACCAGCGGACCUACUACAACUACAGCGACAACUACUACAACUACAUCCCCUGGUGAUGGCGGCUUGAGCACCGGUGAAAUCAUUGGUAUCGUCGUGGGGGCUGUUGUACUUGUGGUCAUCAUCAUUGUCAUCAUAAUCGUGAUCUGCAAGUACAAAGGGAGGGCCAAGGUAGGCACCUCACAAGAGGAAAUGGCCCUACAAGAGAGAGAGCAAUCCUAGCCACAUUUCCCUGCGCCUAUGAUUUCCUCUGGUAAAAGCCACGUGGAAUUCACCCAUCACUCUAAAGGGAUGGAACGCGAUGAAUCAUUCACGUUUAUCUUAUCAAAAAUUACAAACACGUCCCUUGAAACCACUUCCGCAAGGUAUAUAAUUCUAUAACUAUAUAAUGGCUCUGUACAAAAUUUAUUUGAAAUAUUUUCGCACUAUUGACUCUGAUGUGAGCCCGCACAGACUUAUCAACGGUUGUGCAAUUUGAAAGGGUUUAAUAUUAAUUGUGUCUGAUUAUGAGGAUGGAGCAAGUUGGUUUUUGAUUAAUUCAUGCAUAAGUCAAUUUUAAAAUGGUACUCCUUACUUGUAUACUCUAAUUUAAAACACCUGAAAGAUGUGAGCCGAACAUCAUUAAAGAUACCAGCCAAUGUCAAUUCCAUUUGCAUUAUCUUGAUGUAUAAUUUCAAAUUUAUAUUUCAAAUUAUAUUUUUUAUGUUGAAGUGUGUGUUUGGUCCACAUUUUGCAAUAUUUUACUAUUAUAAAUGAGCAUCUAUUCAAAGCUGGCCACUAGUUUUUGUGUAACGUCUUGGGAAAUUGUAGUAGGGUGCCGAAAUUAAAAUAAAGCGGUCAGACAAUCACAGAGACCUGUGAUAAAUAAAGUACCCAUUUUGAUAACAAUCUACAAGAAUAUCAUACACCCGAAAUAACCAUUGUAAUUUCAGAUAUUAGAUAUUGAUUAAUGGGUCAAGCAAUUAAUGAAGAAUUCUCAGACAUACUUUUUUGUCUUACUUGAUACGUUUUUCAAUAUAUAAAAAUGAUUUUACAUCUUUUGAAGCUUUGGGAAAGUGCACUUUUUGAACAUUUGAAGUUGUUUAUACUUUUGUGGACAAGAGAGGGCACUUUGCAGCGACGUCAAUCAGGGAAGACAAUGCUUUGUUAGUGAUUUGUCUGACCAAUCUGAGACACCAAAUUUGCUUGUAAAAACAUAAAGAGAAAGGGGUGCUUGGAUUGCCAUGUUCUCAAUUGAUAUUGAAUUAUUGACGAAACUGACAAUUUGAUAAAAUGAAGCAAAAAGUCCCAGCAGUUUUUUUCAUGAUGAUAGAGUUAGCUAUGAAAUUGUCCUUGCAUUUGUUCAGUCAUUAAUGCGGUAUUCUUGUUUGUUUUAAAAAACACAGAAAGGUGUGAGGCCAACAUCAUAGCAGAUUUAAGCUACGUCCAUGCCGUUCUAUAUGUUAAUGUCUAAUUUCAAAUGAUGACUUGAUGUGUGAUUGGUAGAUAUUUUGUAGUACUUAGCAAUUGCGCAUUCGUGUGUAUUCCAAGCUAGACACUAUAGUUUUGUGUGUGUGUGUUACGUGUUCGAGGAAUCCAGUAUGGUAAAAAAAUUAAGACAAACUUGUCAAAGUAUCAUCACAAAAAACCCAAAGCAAUACACCUACCUCGAUAUAUAACAGACUGAAAGAUUAUCCAUAUACCCACGUGAGCCAUUGUCAUUUUAGAUAUUAGUCGGACAUCAUGAAGUUUUAUCAGGAAGGCCAAUACGUUUUGUGCUAUUUUACACCACUUUUGCAUUAUGUGAAAAUGAUUUUGACAUCCUUUGAGAUAAUUCGUGAUGGCAAAGUGCAUUUUAUAGAUUUAUAUGCUUCAGUGGACAACAGAGGGCACUUUGCAGUGAUGCCAUAUAAUUAAUCAACAAUGAAUCGCCCACGAAACCUACAUUUCGAACAGCGAAUUGUGAACAUUUUAGCAGUUUCUGUGUGCACGAAUCUGUACAACAUCGAGGUUUCUCUCUGGAAAGGCAUCACAAUUUGCUCAUGAGUAUGCAGAAAUUUUCUUGAAAAGAAAAACGGGAUUGAAACAAUGAUAUCUGGUUAAUCGAAACUCAAAAAAUGUAUUUUCAUGGAUCGUAGUACAGGAGAUGCAGACCCUUUAAAUCCCGUUUUUGCCUAAAGUCUAUGUAUUUGUAUAGAGCCGAACAAAAAGUCACUGACGAUAAAAAUGCAAGUGAAACUCGCAGAAGACAUUUCAGGAAACCCAAUGAGUGAUUGUAAAUAUUGAAAGUUGUAGACAUAGUUUAUUUCUUGCUUAUAAUUUUAAUUCUGUGGUAUAUACUGAAACAAAAACCGUCUGCUGUAUAUCAUGUCAAGAACUUCGAAAUGAGCUGUUUUUAGGUAUGCAAAAGCUGCUUGGUUGCAGAUUCAAGAGACGCAUACUUAACAAUCACCGGGUUAGUUCCGACAUCAGCUAUGAAAUAUCUUAACGAUAUAAUGCAUACUUGCUUGUCAAUAGUUGAAGAAAAUAAUCAACCCAGGUUUUGAGAAGUUCUCUGCUUUGGAACAGGCAUCACUAUCGCAUGUGCGUUCAGAGUUCAUGUUGGAAAAGGAAAAAAAUUCGAAAUCUCAGUUACCACCAGGAGUUGGAACCGUGUUCAUGUAAAUAGCAAUUUCAGUGUAUCGGUACUAAAAAUAUUAGUAAUUUAAAGUCUUGAAAUAGUCAAACCGAAUUAAAGAUAAAAUAUUGUAACGGUCUAUAAAAAUCGACAUACAAAUCUCGUGUACAGUUUAACCCUCCAAUGCAAAGGGUACUGAAACUGAUUGGAAUGGAGUCUUCAUUGUUUGAAGGGUUGGAACCCAAUAUGCCCCCCUCAAAGUGAUCUACGCAGUCGGGUUAAGCUGUCUAAACAGGCGUUGGGGAAUCGGUGGAUUGUUGACCUUCAAAAUUCACAGAAAAUUAAUCGCCCGAGUCGUUCCAAUUCUCCAUCAUUCAUUAAAUUUUUAAAUUCAGUUUGUAAGCCUAUAUAUAUGUGAUGGGGAUACUGAUCUGUUUAGAUUGGAGUUUUACUAGAUUUUAAACUGACGUUUUGUUUCUAUCGAAUCAUCAGUAAAUGCAAGUGGACAGUCACAAGCAAUGCAAAGUUUAAAGUAGUGUGUAGGAACGGUUGCAGUGAAUGUUGCAUGACAUUUCCAGUGUGUUCAGUUCAGUGAUCCCAAGUAAUUUUUGCCUCAGCACAAGCAUUCAAACCAGGCUUCACUCGAACAAGAACUGAAACGAGUUGGUAAGAGACUGAACAGGGAAUGUUCUAUUAAAAAAGUUGAACAUUA